UGCCUCAGCAACACUUUGGCACUCAGGAGAGCCCCUCGGGGAAGGCAUUUGGGUGGUGGUCAAGAGCCCGGAGUCCUCUGCAAACCGAGGCACAGGUGGUGGGUGAUACCUCGCGGAGGCUGAAACCGCGUCCUGCUGGGUGCCAGGAGGAGUCGGGGCAGUGGGGUGUCUGGUUUCUGGGCUCGGCUGAGCUGCUCCGUCCUAACCCUGCGGCCUGGAGGUGUGUUUUCAUGGGGCACAGGCAGUGCCAGAUGCUUCAUGCGAAAUGUCAGCGGUGUUCGUGAGGAGAGGGAGGGUAUCUGAGCUCCCCCCAGGUCCACAGGAUUGGACCUAUCCCAUGAGGAGAGAGAUGCAGGAAAUAUUACCUGGGUUAUUUUUAGGCCCAUAUUCUUCAGCUAUGAAAAGCAAGCUACCUAUACUUCAGAAGCAUGGAAUAACCCAUGUCAUAUGUAUACGGCAAAACAUUGAAGCAAAUUUUAUCAAACCAAACUUCCAACAGUUAUUUAGGUAUUUAGUCUUGGAUAUUGCAGAUAAUCCAGUUGAGAAUAUAAUACGAUUUUUCCCUAUGACUAAAGAAUUUAUUGAUGGAAGUUUACAAAGUGGAGGAAAAGUUCUUGUCCAUGGAAAUGCAGGGAUUUCUAGAAGUGCUGCCUUAGUUAUUGCAUACAUAAUGGAAACAUUUGGGGUGAAGUACAGGGAUGCAUUUACUUACGUUCAAGAAAGAAGAUUCUGUAUUAAUCCUAAUGCUGGAUUUGUCCAUCAACUUCAGGAAUAUGAAGCCAUCUAUCUAGCAAAAUUAACCAUCCAGAUGAUGUCACCACUGCAGUUGGAGAGAUCCCUCUCGGUUCCACCUGGGACUACAGGAAGUUUAAAGCGAGUGCACGAAGAGGAUGAGGAGCUUGGCACCAUGCAAGUGGCAGCAGCACAGAAUGGAUGAUACCCCAGGGCAGCACCGUUUGGGUUGUGAAUUCCUGCCAAGAAAGGUGAAGAAAACUAGGGGAAAAAAACAACAAAAAAAGGAUUUAUAAUGCAACAGGAUGAACACACACAUAGCUUCUUUUCAAUUACAUGUUGCUUUCAGAUGUAAAUCUGCCUCUGCAACACACUAAGCAUCAUUUUUAAGAUGUUGGACUUCUUGAAUGAAUAGAUGGCACUGAUUGUUUUACUCCUUUUUUUACACUUUACAGUUUUAUUCUAAACCAAGAUUUUUGGACUUGAGAAGAGGUAUUAUUGCAAUAAUGCACUUUUCAUACUUGAAAUUUCUUUAUUUGUAUGAUAUAAAGUUAUUACUUUAAACAAAAUGCAAACCGGGGGGGGAUUUGUUUAUAAAGUUAUUUGUGUAAUUUAUAACAAGAGACUUUAGUAAAGAAAAAGUUUGCUAAAA